GGCAGAGAGCGAGCCGCCACCCCGCGCCCGCCGACGCCAUGGCCCCCGCCGCCGCCCGCCUGCUCCUGCUCGCCCUGGCCGCCCUCGGAGCGUCGGGCCAGGCCCAGAGCGCGCUGGGCUCGGACUUGGCCCCGCAGAUGCUGCGGGAGCUGCGCGAGACCAACGCGGCGCUGCAGGACGUGCGUGAGCUACUGCGGCAGCAGGUCAAGGAGAUCACGUUCCUGAAAAACACGGUGAUGGAGUGUGACGCGUGCGGGAUGCAGCCGGCGCGCACGCCGGGGCUGAGCGUGCGGCCGGUGCUGCAGUGCGCGCCCGGCUUGUGCUUCCCCGGCGUGGCCUGCACGCAGACGGCGAGCGGCGCGCGCUGCGGGCCCUGCCCCGAGGGCUUCACCGGCAACGGCUCGCACUGCACCGACGUCAACGAGUGCAACGCGCACCCCUGCUUCCCCCGCGUCCGCUGCGUCAACACCAGCCCGGGCUUCCGCUGCGAGGCGUGCCCGCCCGGGUACAGCGGCCCCACCCUCGAGGGCGUGGGGCUGGCCUUCGCCAAGGCCAACAAGCAGGUUUGCACGGACAUUAACGAGUGCGAGACGGGCCAACAUAACUGCGUCCCCAACUCCGUGUGCAUCAACACCCGGGGCUCGUUCCAGUGCGGCCCGUGCCAGCCCGGCUUCGUGGGCGACCAGGCAUCCGGCUGCCGCCGGCGCGAGCAGCGCCUGUGCCCCGACGGCUCGCCCAGCCAGUGCCACGAGAAGGCGGACUGCGUCCUGGAGCGCGACGGCUCGCGGUCGUGCGUGGUGAGUGCGGGGGGCGGGGCGUGAAACGGGGGUUCGCAGGGGAGGGGGCGGCGAUCACGCGGGGACGCCCACUCCGCUGACCGUCCCCCGCCGGGGCGCCCUCCCGUGACGUCCCCCCGCCGGGGCCCUCCGGACGUGGACCUCGACGGGCAUCGGGAGACGGCCUGCGACCCGGACGCGACGGGCGACGGGUCGCCAAUUGAGGUUUUUUGUUGCCGCAACGCGGCGGGCGAGGUGGGCGAUGCGUGCGACAACUGCAGGUCCCAGAAGAACGACGACCAAAAGGACACGGAUCGGGACGGCCGGGGCGACGCCUGCGACGACGACAUCGACGGCGACCGCAUCCGGAACCCCGCGGACAACUGCCCCCGGACACCCAACCCGGACCAGAGGGACGCGGACGGCGACGGCGUAGGGGAUGCCUGUGACAACUGUCCCCGGAAGAGCAACCCGGACCAGAGCGAUGUGGACCACGACUUCGUGGGAGACGCGUGCGACAGCGACCAGGACCAGGACGGGGACGGGCACCAGGACUCCAUGGACAACUGCCCCGCGGUGCCCAACAGCGCGCAGCAGGACUCGGACCGCGACGGGCAGGGCGACGCCUGUGACGACGACGACGACAACGACGGAGUCCCCGACGGCCGGGACAACUGCCGCCUGGUGGCCAACCCCGGCCAGGAGGACGCGGACAGGGACGGCGUGGGGGACGCGUGCCAGGGCGACUUCGACGCCGACAAGGUGGUGGACAAGAUCGACGUGUGCCCCGAGAACGCCCAGGUCACCCUCACCGACUUCCGGGCCUUCCAGACGGUCGUGCUGGACCCCGAGGGCGACGCGCAGAUCGACCCCAACUGGGUGGUGCUCAACCAGGUCGGCAUGGAGAUCGUGCAGACCAUGAACAGCGACCCGGGCCUGGCUGGCUACACCGCCUUCAACGGCGUGGACUUCGAGGGCACGUUCCACGUGAACACGGCCACGGACGACGACUACGCGGGCUUCAUCUUUGGCUACCAGGACAGCUCCAGCUUCUACGUGGUCAUGUGGAAGCAGAUGGAGCAGACGUACUGGCAGGCGAACCCCUUCCGCGCUGUGGCCGAGCCGGGCAUCCAGCUCAAGGCGGUGAAGUCCUCCACGGGCCCCGGCGAGCAGCUUCGCAACGCGCUGUGGCACACGGGGGACACGGGGUCUCAGGUGCGGCUGCUGUGGAAGGACCCCCGCAACGUGGGCUGGAAGGACAAGACGUCCUACCGCUGGUUCCUGCAGCACCGGCCCCAAGUGGGCUACAUCAGGGUGCGGUUCUACGAGGGCCCCGAGCUGGUGGCUGACAGCAACGUGAUCCUGGACACGACCAUGCGGGGCGGCCGCCUGGGGGUCUUCUGCUUCUCCCAGGAGAACAUCAUCUGGGCCAACCUGCGCUACCGCUGCAACGACACCAUUCCCGAGGACUACGAGACGCAGCAGCUGCGGGGGGCCUAGGGCCGGGGCGGGGACCUGCGGCUGGAGGACUGGUGCCCUGGCUGUGGCCGGGUGGGGGCUCCGCACCCGCCCCAAGGGGCAGCGUGGGCUGGGGGAAGUGAGAAGUGCUCGGAAAGGACAAAAUAAAGUGUGUGCAGGG